GUGCACCAGUGGUAAUUUAGCCUCUCUGAAAUAUUACAUGGUUUAUUUUUUGCAGCCUGGUCCAGUGUGGAUUAUUUAUAUUUCAGAGCCAAGAAUCGCCUUAAAAAACCUAUUAUUUAAAGAGACAAUUUCUGGCAGUUGAAGUCCUUAUCAUUUACAGAUUUGGCGAUGUUUUCUUUGUAUAAGAUGUAUCUUGGGAUAAUAAAGUUUUAAAGAACUAAAGGGACAUCCAGGUAAAUAUGGUUGAUAGAACGUGUACAAUUUUAUUCCCUCCUAAGGUCCCAGUAAAUGUCAGAAAAGGGAUUUCAUAAACAGGCAUAACCCUGUAAAGAUGAGGGAGUACAGGAGAAGAGAUAACAAAAUAACAAAAACAAAAUUUUGGAGGCAGAAAGCAGGGGUACUAAUGGUAAAUGACUUAGCAAACUUGAGAAAGACUUGUCCUAAUCUAGCAUGGUGGAAAGAAAAGAAACAACUCAAUUGAUUCUCUUCUCCUAAGAUGCUCAAGAAUUGAUGGCGCCAAGAGCUUCUGGGUGUGGGGAUGGAAGGGAGAGUGACUAAGAAGAAUCGGAUGAAAGUAUUUUUAAGCAAUUGGAACCUUAGAUCCCCUCCCUGGCUCUAGGUAACCAGGCAGUUGCUCCUCUCCUACUCCAUAGUUUAGGUUCUAGAUGAAUCAGAAUUAAAGGGGGAAAAAUUGAAACUAUUAAAGUACUAGAAGAAAUAAUAGAAUAUUUUUAUAAUCUUGAAGUGGGAAGGCCUAUAUAUGAUAAAACUCAGACACUAUAAGGGAAGAUUAAUAAAUUUAACUACAUUAAAAACACAUUUUCUAGCAUAUUCAUACCUAAUGACUCAUAGUGACCUUAUGUACAGCAGGACAAAACACUGCCCAGUCCUGCACCAUCUUCACAAUCGUUGCUGUAUUUGAGACCAUUGUUGCAGCCAUUGUACAGUCAGUCUCGUUGAGGGUCUUCCUCUUUUUCACUGACUUUCUACUUUACCAAGCACGAUGUCCUUCUUCAGGGACUUGUCCCUCCUGAUAACAUGUCCAAAGUACAUGAGACAAAGCAUCACAAUCCUCACUUCUGAGGAGCUUUCUGGCUGUAUUUCUUCCAAGACAGAUUUGCUUGUUCUUCUGGUAGUCCAUGGUAUAUUCAAUAUUCUUCUCCAACACGAUAAUUCAAAAGCAUCAGUACAAGGCUUGAAUUUUUUCUUCAGUUCUUUCACCUUGAAAAAGCCAAGCAUGUUCUUCCCUUUUGGUUUUCCAGCUCCAGGUCUUUGCACACUUCAUUAUAGUACUUUGUUUUCUUGAGACACCCUUUGAAAUCUUCUGUUUAACUCUUUUACUACAUCAUUUCCUCUGUUUGCUUUAGGUACUCUGUUCAAGAGCAAGUUUCGGAGUGUCUUCUGACGUGUAUUUUGGUCUUUUCUUUCUUUCCUGUCUUUUUAUGACCUUUUGCUUUCUUCAUGUAUGAUGUCCUUGGUGUCAUCCCACAACUUGUCUGGUCUUUGAUUAUUACUGUUCAGUGCUUCAAAUCUAUUCCUGAGAUGAUCUUUAAAUUCCAGGUGGGAUGUACUCAAGGUUGUAGUUUGGCUCUCGUGGACUUGUUUUAAUUUUCUUCAGCUUCAGUGUGAACUUGUAUAAGAGCAAUUGAUCAUCUGUUCUGUAGUCAGCCACUGGCCUUGUUCUGACUGAUGAUAUUGAGCUACUCCAUCAUCUCUUUCCACAGAUGUAGUCAGUUUGAUUCACGUGUAUUCCAUCAGGUAAGGUCUACUAGUAUAGUUGCCAUUUACGUUUUUAGAAAAAGGUAUUUGCAAUGAAGAAGUCAUUGGUCUUCCAAAAUUCUGUCAUGUGAUCUUUGGUGUUUUUAUCACUAAGGCCUUAUUUUUCAACUACUGAUCCUUCUUUGUUUUCAUCUUUCACAUUCCAGUCACCAGUAAUUAUUAAUGCAUCUUGAUUCCAUGUUUGAUACAUUUCAGACUGUAGAAGUUGGUAAAAAUCUUCAAUUUCUUCAUCUUUGGCAUUAGUGGUUGAUGUGUAAAUUUGAGUAAUAGUAUUAACUGGCCUUUCUUGUAGGCAUAUGGAUAUUAUCCUGUCCCUGACAGGGUUGUUCUUCAGAUUGAUUUUGAAAAGUUUUUUUUUGACAAUGAGUGCAGUGUUGGUCCUCUUUGAUUUGACAUUCCUGGCAUAGUAGACCAUAUGAUUGUCCAUUUCAAAAUGGCCAUUGCCAGUCCAUUUCAGCUCACUGAUGCCUAGGUUGGAAACCCUGGUGGCAUAGUGGUUAAGAGCUACGGCUACUAACCAAGAGGUCAGCAGUUCAGAUCCAAAGGUGCUCCUUGGAAACUGUAUGGGGCAGUUCUACCCUGUCCUGUAGGGUCACUAUGAAUCAGAAUCGACUCGACGGCAAUGGGUUAAUGCCUAGGUUAUCAAUUUUCAAGCUUUCCAUUUCAUUUUUGACAACGUCCAAUUUUUCUUGAUUCAUACUUUGUACAUUCCACAUUCUCAUCACCACUGGAUGUUUGCAGCUCUUUCUUCUUAUUUUGAGCCAUGCCACAUCAGCAAAUGAAGGUCCUGGAAACUUCACUCCAUCCAUGUUGGUAAAGUUGACUCUAGUUUGAGGAGGCAGCUCUUUCCAGUUGUGUUUUGCAUACUUGCCUACCUGAGGGACCCAUCUCUUGGCACUUCAUCAGACAAUGCUCUGCUGCUGUUCAUAAGGUUUUCACUGGCUAACAUUUUCAAAAGUAGACCACCAGGUCUUUCUUCCUAGUCUGUUUUAGUCUGGAAGUGCCACUGAAACAUGUCUACCAUGGAUGUCCUUGCUGGUAUUUGAAAUAGCGGUGGCAUAGCUUCCAGCAUCACAGCAACGUGCAAGCUACCACAGUAUGACCAACUUAAAAUAGAGAAAAUCAAUCAAACAAAAAUUGGUUCUUUGAAAAUUGCAACAAAACUGACAGGCCUUAAGCUAGACUGACCAAGAUGAAUAGAAGGCACAAAUGACCAAAGUCAGGUGUCUUGGUCAUCUAGUGCUGCUAUAACAGAAAUACCACAAGUGGAUGACUUUAGCAAAGCGAAGUUUAUUCUCUUACGGUCCAGUAGGCUAGAAGUCCGAAUUAAGGGUGCCAGCUCCAGGAGAAGGUUUUCUCUCUCUGUCAGCUCUGGAGGAAGGUCCUUCUCGUCAGCCUUUGUUUGGUCUGAGAGCAGCUCAGCGCAGGAACCUCAGCUCCAAAGGAUGCGCUCUGCUCCCAGCGCUGCUGUCUUGGUGGCAUGCAGUCCCCCUGUCUCUGUGCUAGCUUCUCUUUUUUUUUUUUAUGUCUCAAAAAAGAUUGGCUGAAGACACCAUCCAGUCUUGGAGAUCUCAUCAGUAUAAUUGCCACUAACCCGUCUCAUUACAUCAUAGCGAUAGGAUUUACAAUCCAUAGGGAAAUCACAUCAGAUGACAAAACAGUAGACAGUCAUACAAUACUGGGAAUCAUGACCUAGCCAAGUUGAUAGACAUUUUUGGGGGACACAAUUGAAUCCAUGACAUCAGGAAUGAAAGAAAUGACGUUACUUAAGAGAAAUUAAAAAAGAAUAUAACAAAUAUCAUGAACAACUUCAUGACAACAAAUUAGAAAAAAUGGAAAAAUUUUCAGAAAGAUGCAUAUUACUGAAACUGACUUAAAAAGAAAAAGAAAAUCUGAAUAGACUUAGAACAAGUUAAGAAAUUGAAUUAUUUAAAAUAUUCCCACAAAGAAAAUCCUAGAACCAUUAUGGCUUCCCUGGUAAAUUCUACCAAACAUUUAAAAAAAGCAAUAAUACCAUUUCUUCAUAAAUUCUUCCAGAAAAAAGAAAAGAAGGGAACACUUCCUAACUUAUUUCAUGAGACCAGUAGUGACCUGAUACCAAAGCUAGGCAGAGGCACCGUAAGAAAAGAAAACCACAGACCAUAUCCGUCAUAAAUAUAGAAGGAAAAAUUCUAAGAAAAUAUUAGCAAAAUGAAAGAGAAGAAGGAUUGUAUACUGUGACCAAGUGAGACUUAUCCCAGGAAUGCAAGGUUGGUUUAAUAUCUGAAAGUCGAUGUAUUAUAGUAUAGUGAAAUCUGUGAAAACCAGAACUGAACAGGACUGCCUUGUUUUUCCUAGUUUUCCAUCUUUGACAGGGUGCAUACUAGCACUAUCUGUUAAGAAUCCUAUCUCAUUUUAGUUUUGAGUAUCUCUUCUCUGACAGAUUGCCACCUUACACAGGUUCUGGCUUUUGAUUGUUUUACUAUAAUAGAAAAAAGGACAAGAACCAUAUCAUCAUCUCAAUAGACUCAGCAAAAGCAUUUGACAAAGUUCAGCACCCUUUGAUGAAAAAACAGUCAACAAACUCGUAACUUCCUCAACGUGAUAAAGGGUGUCCUAUGAAAAAUCCAUAGCUCAUUUCAUACUUAAUAGUGAAGGGCCGAAAGCUUUCCCCCUAAGAUCAGGAACAAGACAGAUGCCCAUUUUUACCACUUCUAUUCAACAUUGUGGAAAUCAUGGUAGCGUAGUGGUUAAGAGCUAUGACUGCUAACCAAAAGGCCAGCAGUUUGAAUCUACCAGGCACUCCUUAGAAACCCGAUGGUGCAGUUCUGCACUGUCCUAUAGGGUCUCUAUGAAUCGGAAUCAACUCGACAGCAACGGGUUUUGGUUUAUUUAACAUUGUACUGGAGGUUCUAGCCAAGGCAUUUGGGCAAGAAAAUUAAACAUAAAGCAUCCAGAUUAGAAGGUAAAACCAGGGCUUCAAACUGGUUCAUUCUGGUUGGAGUCCCUGCUGAGAAUUUACAUUUCUUACAAGGUCCCAGGGAGUUAUACAUAAAAAUCACCUGGAGAUCGUGUUAAAAUGUAGAUUCUGAAUUAGUGUGUCUGGGGUAGAAAUGCAAAUUCUCAGCAGGGGUUCAAACUGAAACAAACUGAUUUGAAGCCCUGAGUAAAACAGUCUUUAUUUGCAGGUGACACAAUCUUGUGUAUAGAAAAUCCUAAGUAAUGUACCCAAGAAACUAUUAGAACUAAUAAAUGAGUUCAACAAAGUUGCAAGAUACAAGAUAAAUAUACAAAAAUCAGUUGUAUUUCCGUACACUAGCAAUGAACAAUCCAAAACGCAAUUAAGAAAGCAAUUCCGUUUAAAAGCGCAUCAAAAAGAAUAAAUUUAGGAAUAAACUUAAGAAAUGUGAAACUUGUACAGUAAAACUGUAAAACAUUAAUAUAAUUUAAAGUAGACCUUAGUAAAUGGAAAGACAUCCUGUGUUCAUGGAUUGGGAGACUUAACAUUUUAAGAUGGCAAUACUCCCCAAAUUGAUCUACACAUUCUGUGCAAUCCUUAUCAAAAUCCCAGGUAGCUUUUUUGCAGACAUUGAUAAGCUGAUCCUAAAAUUGAUAUGGACAUGCAAGGGACCCAGAAUAGCCAGCACAAUCUUGAAAAAGAACAAAGUUCAAGGACUUUCGCUUCCCGUUUUCAAAGCUUAUUACAAAGCUACGGCAAUCGUGACUGUGUGAUACUGGCAUAAGGAUAAAUAUACAGACUGAAGGAAUAGAAUUGAGAGUACAGAAAUGAAACCAUACAUUUAUGGCUAGUUGAUUUUUAGGAAGGGUGCCAAGACCAAUGGAGAAAGUAUAAUCUUUUCAAGAAAUGGUUUUGGAAUAACUGGUUAUUCACAUGCAAAAGAAUGAAGUUGGAACCCUACCUCAUACCAUAUGCAAAAUUAAAUUGCAUCAGAGACCUAAAUGUGAGAGCUAAAUAUAAAACUCUUAGAAGAAAACGUAGGUGUAAAUCUUAUGACCUUGGAUUAAGCAAGUGUUUCUUAGAUAUGACACCUAAUGUACAAACAAUUAAAGAAAAAAAUAGAUAAAUUGGGCUUCUUCGAAUUUAAAAAUUUUUGUAAGUCAAAUGACACUAUUAAGAAAGUGAAAAGACAACCCACAAAAUGAGGGAAAAUAUUUGCAAAUCAUGUAUCUCAUAAGAGCCUAAUAUCUAGUAUAAGGCAUCCAAUUUAAAAAUGGGCAAAGGAUCUGAAUAGAAAUUUCUCCAAAGAAAAUACACAAAUGGCCAAUAAGCACACAAAAAGAUGUUUAAUGUCACUAGUCAUCAGGGAACUACAAGUAAAAACCUCAGUGAGAUGCCACUUCAGACCCACUAAGUUGGCUGUGAUAAAAAAGACGUAAUAACAAGUGUUACUAAGAAUGUGGAGAAAUUGAAACCCUCAGACAUUGUUCGUGGGAAUGUAAAUAGUGCAUCCACUUUGGAAAACAGUUUGAUGGUCCCUCAAAAUGUUAAAACAGAGUUGCCAUAUAACCCAGUAAUUAUGCUCCAAGAGAAUUGAAAAUAUUCCUACGCAAAAGCUUGUAUGUGGAUGUUCACAGCAGUAGUAUUCAUAAUAGCCAAAAGGUGGGAACAACUUGUGUCUAGCAGUUGAUGAAUGGGUAGAAAUAAGUGGUAUAUCCAUACAAUAAAAUAUUACCCAGCCAUAGGAAGGAAUGAAGUUCUGAUACAUGUUUCAGUGUGGAUGAACCUUGAAAACGUUAUGCUCAGUUUAAGAAGCCAGACACAAAAGGACAGGUAUUGUGUGAUUCUAUUUUUAUGAAACCUCUAGAAAAGGUAAGUAAACCUAUAGAGACAGAAGGUAGAUUAGUAGUUGGCUAGGAGUGGGAACAGGGAAUGAUUGCAAGUGGGCAUGAGGAAGGUUUUGAUUUGGAGAUGGUUGUUCCCACCAGCCCUCACCUGGACCAUCUGCUCUGCAUGCCGGAAGCUGCACUCGGACACGCAGGCCCUGGUGGCCUGGCUCUGCAGGAGCUUGGGCCGCCUUUGUGAACAGAAAGACGGGCCGAGCCCAUCCGCCGAUGUCGCCAGGGCUGUGCUUGCUGACUUUGUGCGGAUAUUUGUUUUGAGGGGCUUUCAGGAAAACUCAGAUCUGAAAAGAAAUGUGGAGCAGGAGAAGCUGCCCCAGGUCGCUGCCGCCGUCCUGCAGAGCCUACUGACCGCCUCCCUUGAAGCUCUGGCUGCUGGUGAGCAGGAGUCUGCAGUGCCUGGGCCCGCACAGUGCUGGCUCAGUGUGUUCAGCGGACACACUUACUGUAGUGCAAUUGCAACAGAGACUCUGAAGAAGUUUUUUAGCCACACCCUGAUGCAGACACUCACCCAUAACCCCAUGCUGAAAGUGUCUGACGCCAUCCAGAUGCAAAGAGAAUGGACCUUUGCGAGGACCUCCCCUCUGCUCACCAGCCUGUACCGCAGGCUCUUCUCGAUGCUGACUCCUGAGGAGCUGCUCGGCCGUUUGCAGGAGGUUCUGGAUAUGCAUGAGGUGAACUGGCGGCAUGUGCUCUCCUGUGUGUCCACCCUGGUUGUCUGCCUCCCAGACGUGCAACAGCUGAUCAGAGGCUGGGUGGCCCGCCUGGUAGCCCGUGCAUUUGAGAGCUUCGACUCAGAGAGCUUGGUCCCGGCCUUCCUGAUCGUCCGCCAGGCUGCGCUGGAGGGCCCCACCAUGUUCCCGCCGUAUGCAGACUGGUUCAAGGCCACCUUUGGCAGUGCCCGUGGCCCCCACGGCCGCAGCAAGAAGGCGCUGGUGUUCCUCUUCACGUUCCUGUCGGACCUUGUGCCCUUCGAGCCCCCCCAGUACCUGAAGGUGCACAUGCUCCACCCGCCUCUGGUCCCAGAGCGGCUGCGCCCCCUGCUCACCGACUACAUCACACUGGCCCGGACGCGGCUGGCUGACCUGAAGGUUUCUAUAGAAGACAUGGGGCUCUAUGAGGACCUGUCAUUAGCGAGCGGUGCCACAGAGCACGGCAGCCAGGCGCUCCAGGACGUCGAGAAGGCUCUCGAGGUGUUCGUGCACACGGGGAAGAUCCCGGUUGCUGUGAUGGAGGCCAGCGUAUUCAGGAGGCCCUACUACCUGUCCCACUUCCUCCCUGCCCUGCUCACGCCACGUGUGCUGCCCAAGACCCCUGACCCUCGAGUGGCCUUCAUCGAGUCCCUGAAGAGAGCAGAUAAAAUUCCUCUGUCGCUGUACUCUGACUAUCGCCAAGCCUGUUCCACUGCUGAGGAGGAGAAACCAGAAACCCCUGUAGAGAAAGCCAAGCCCAGCUGUGCUGAUGGAGCCUUGGGCGCUCUCAAGGCUGCGCUGGAAGGGCUCAGAGCCGCGAUGGCGGACCCUGUGCGGCAUGACGUUGUGUCUGCCCACAUCGCUGUGAUCUCUGAAAGGCUGCAUGCCACCCUGAACCCCAGCGAGGACAGCAUCGAGACGCCAGAGAUCCAGCUUCGUGUUCCUGCUCCAGAGCUCGGGAGGCCAGAGCGGGAGGCCGUGGACCUACUGCUUACCUGCUUCUGCCAGAGCCUUGUGGCUGCCUCCAGCUUCGCCCCCCCACAGAGGCAGGGCCCCUGGGCAGUGCACUUUGUGAGGCUGCUGUGUGGACCCGCACUCCUGCCUGUGGUGCUGACACGUCUAUGCCAACUGCUACUUCACCAGGGUUCGUGCCUCAGUGCCUCCCACCUGGUAGGGCUGGCUGCGCUGUCUGUCCACCUGAGUGAGUCAGGGCCAACUCUGCCCCACGUGGACCUGGGCCCGCCUGCCUCUGCCCAGGGCCUCUCCAUGCCUGCCUUCCUGGAUGGCCUGCUGCCCUGUAGGACUGGGGAGUCCCUGCUCUUCUGUGUGAGGUUUUGUACGGCAGCGAUUUCUUACGCCUUGUGCAAGUCUCCCUCUGAGUCCUGUGCCACUGCGCCCGGCCAUUUCUGUCCAGGCCUUGUGAAGAAGUUCCAAUUUGUUGUGUUGAGACUAUUCUCUGAAGCUCGCGAGCCUCCCUGUCUGGAUGUUGCAGGGGACCUUCUCUGGAAGCCCCUGUGCCUGUCUUCCACAGACUGGACAAGGGCCGCCCUCUGUCUAUGGAGAAACAGGACAUUCCAAGAACUGCUGAAGGAGAAGGAAUUUCAGUUAACUUACAGAGACUGGUUGCAGUUGGAACUAGGAAUUCAGCCUGAAGUUGAUGUUCUUUCAGACACAGAGAGGCGAGACUUCCACCAAUGGGCAAUCCACCAGUGCUACCUGCCAGAGCCCUCGGCCACGGGGGGCUGUGGAGGAGACCUGGAGGUGGCCUGUAGUAUCCUCACUGAGGCAGUGAUGGACUUCUGCCAGAGGUCUGCACCCAUGUGUCUGCAGAGGUCUGGCUCACAGAGUUUUGACCACCUGGAGAAUUCUGAUUUGGUCCCUGGAGGCCGCAUAGUAAAUCGGGAUAUUCUUUCCAGAUUGCAGGAAAUGGUUGCUGAGCUGGAGCUGGGAUGGAGUGGCGUGGCACGGGCACACUUCCUUUUCGGGAUUUUCCGUAGCCGGCUGCAAGCACUAGGAGACAUGUCAACGGUGGCCACCAACCUCCAGAGGCAGCGGGAGCUGCUCCUGCAGAAAAGGAUCCUCCUCAGCCUACCUCCCACGGUGCUGUUCGCCAGCCUCAAAGGGCAGCCAGCCACCGUGGACUGUAACAAGUUUUUUGAUUUCGUCAACUCCGCGCUGAGAAACUUCUGCUCCCAUGGAGGUGCCCUGACUCACGACAUCACCACCCACUUCUUCCGGGGACUCCUGAGCACCUGUCUGCGCAGCCAAGACCCCACCUUGCUGGUUGACUUGACCCUUGCCACCUGCCAGACUGAAUGCCCGAUAAUCCUGACCUCUGCCCUGUUGUGGUGGCCGCGCCUGGAGCCUGUGCUUGCGUGCCAGUGGAGGCGGCACUCACAGAGCUCGCUGCCCCGUGCGCUGCAGCAGCUGGCUGAGGCCAGGGACCUGGCCAGGAGCUUCCUCUCUCUGGACACUGCCCUGCCCACUCCUGGCCCCACCUGGGUGUCUGCAGCCGCUUUGCAUUUUGCCAUCCAGGAAGCCCUGAAAGAACAGGGCAGGAGGGAGCUGAAGAGGCUGGACUUCAAACAAGACAAGGUGCUGCUGUUCCUCCUCUUCUUUUCUGUGAUGGGCCUGGUGUCAGCGUACCUGGCACCCAGUGAAACCAUUGACCCUCCAAAGAUGUUGGACGUUUGUGCUGAGAUCCUCAAGUGUCUGGAAAGGAGGAGAGUGCCCUGGCUGGCACUUUUCCAGUUGACAGAGAUGGGAGCUGGGCCAGGCCAGGUCUUGCUCCGCCUGGCCUCCGACCAACAUAUCAGGCUGCUGCCACUUGCCUUCUUCAGCCUGCUUCCCCACCUUGAUCCCGACGCCCUCAUCAGGGAGGAUGCCUUCCUGCGUGUCGCUGUUGACAUGUACCUGAAGCUGAUCCAGCUCUUUGUGGCCGGGGAGAUGAGCACCCUCCCAACUCUGGUCACCCAGAGCCAGGCGUACCAGGACCAGGAUGAUCCUUUGGGGCUGAUAUCAAAGGCACGUCUCUUUCUACUGCGGUCAAUACCUCGGUGCCCAGAAAGGUGCUUCUUGAACAUGACAGAGGUAAUGCAGCACAGUGCUCACCUUCUUGUUUGUUUCUGUGAUCACACUGAGGUUCUGAUGGCAAGUCAGAGACUCACAGCUCUCUGGGGCUUGGGCCUCAGUGCCUGGGGUCAGUGCUGUCACUGCCCCUCACAUGUGCCUAGCCUUCAGGUGUUGAUCAGCUUGGGCUCUCAAUCCCACAGGGGCUGCAAGGUUGAGCGUGUGUUUUCUUGCAGUUGUUGGCCGCUGGCAAGGACCUGGACCCAGAGGUGAGCGCUGCCCUCCAGAGCAGGCAGCGGACUCUACCCGACCUGGACCCAGACCUGCACCGGGAGCCCCAGCUCUUCUGACUGGACCUGGGGAGGGUAGGGCUCUCCACCAGCCUGGCUGCUGUGUAAAUAAUUUAUUGUGAGCCCAGCCUUAGGGUUCUUGUUAUACUCAAAUGUGGAUCACAAAUGUCCUGAUUGUUUUAGUGGGAGAAGUAAUCAAUUAUUUAAAAUCUUGA